CCUCAUACUCUCACAGCCUCCUACCAGUCUUCAUACCGACUGGGACACAUCGCUAUACCUUAGUGUCAUUACUGAGACCCUUCGAACACAUUCAUUCAAGAUGCGUAGUCCCGUGAUCGCGUUCUCCCUCUUCGCAGCCGCGGCAGUCGUCUCGGCUUCCACCAACGGCCUCUCAGGCUCUCCUGUUCUUGGACCCAACACUCUGUCGCCUAAGCCUGGCUCUGUAAACCUGGAUAACUCUGAGCUCAAGAACCACGUGCAUCGUCAAGACUCUGGGGCCGAAAUUACUAGGACUGGACUGGGGAUCUCGAAGCUAGGCGCAAGUUCUCCUGCUCACCAGAAGAGGGCUCCUGUCAGGCAACAUUCAAAUAUCGCGGAAGUUGAAGCAAGACCUGCUGAGCACUCUCCAGCCCCUCCUCCGAGGCCGGAGCGUCCUGUUACCGGCGGAGUAGUCGGAUGCAAUGACCCUGAUACUGGAUCAGAAGGAUCUGCGGUUGUCGAGAAUGCUCUGAAUUCCGGAAAUGAGAACGGCGGCGUUUCGUGCUCCAGUAGUGCACAGGGCGCAUCCGCAGGCGACAUUGGUCAAAACGGCGAGUCUGGUCCCGACGCGAAAUCUCAAGACGCUGCCCCAGGGAGCGAUGCUCUGAACCAGGAUCUUGACGGAGUACUCAGUAAGUUUUUAGGCGCAAGAACCGGCGCCUCGUUCUCACCUGAGCAGAUCAAGGUCAAGGUGACGGGUCAUCGAGCCAAAGUGGCGGCGACGCUGCCCAGCCUCCGCCAGCUCCAACGCCCGCAUUGUACGUACCCCGUGGUCUCAGCACCCUCACUCCUGACAAGGCUCAGAGCACACUCUACGAAAUGGUGAACGCAACGACUACCAGCGUCACGGCGCGUGGGUUGCACCAAGCUGCAUCCUCCUCGGAUGACGGGAUUCUGGACGUUGUCGGUCAGGGUGCACCCGGAGAAAGUAUCUAUGGCGACGCGAUUCCUGGCAGUGGACCUCAGGGAGGCGGUGCUCAUCCCGGCACUCCGGGACCUAGCGACGGAGGUCGGGUCAUCGAAUCUGGGAACACCAUCGACAGCGGCACCAACACUCCCGGCGCAGGCGGUAUCUCUCGCAGCGGGACUGCAGCAGGGGGGACGGACGCUUCCACUAAGGCCGCGGAAACCUUCGUAACCAUAUAUACCCCCGGGCUGGCUUGAUACUCUCACUUCUACGUCGACUUUGUGUCUCAUUUUUUGUAUGGAACAGUCCGGCAUGCGAUAUCGAUCGUUCUUAUUAAU